CCCAUGAUAAAUUACCCGACCCAGACCCGACCUGCCACGGGACUGGUAUGGGUAUUGAGAUACCCGCCCCGGACCUGCCCCAUUGCCAUUCCUAGGCUAAAGGAAGCAACGUGCCGAAUUUUCAGGCAGGUUGUGGGCCUCUGUUGGGUUGUCUCAUAAAGUCUCUUUUGUAUGAUCUUGGGCCAAAAAUAGAAGAGAGUGGGUCGUGUUGGUAGAGAAGGCUUAAGCCCAACGUGCGCUAUGAUUUGAAGAUUGACAUGGAGAAAAGGAAAGGUGGGUUUAUGUGCUUAGCUGGUGGACUUUUCAAGGAACAUGACCCACAAAUAAGGGGAGGAAUAACAAAGGAAGUGAUUGGGCUAGUUUCAAGAAGGAAGUUUGAAGGCCUUGAUGAGUUGGUACUUGAUGAUGGGUUCUUUCACGAGAAAGUACAUUUUGAUUCAUUAAGUUCCUGGAGCAUGAUACCAAUGAAAGGAGAGCUAUUAGAGUUUGACCUUGCCACAGAAGAGAAUAGUGGGCCCAUGGAAAUGAAAUUGGAAGAGAUGGACCAACACAGGGAGAUCAAUGCAAGAAGACCAAGUGAAGAGUUGGAGCGUGACUGGAAGAAAAGGAAGCACAAGAAAUGGGAAGUCAAGGCGAGAUUUGCACGGACAACGUGGAGAAGUGGGUCAAUCAACCUUGAUGGCAAGGUUGGUCUCAAGGGGAAGGGGAUGAUAGAAACCUAAUUUUCGGGUUCUAUCAUAAUUAUCAUAAUUACUAUUUUAGGAUUUAUUUAUAUAUGGUUAGUAGUCUUUGAGUCACAUUAGGAAAGUCUAUUAGGUUUUUCUGGUCUUUAACUAUAAAUAUGUAUAUUGGGUCUUUGGUACAAUUAAGCAGAAGUUAAACAAAGAAUAAUCUUCCCAAACCUUAAACUCUCUCUAUCUCCUAAUUUCUCUUCUUCCCUAAUCCAAGGUUUCAGCCGAUUCUUAUUCUUUUCUUCUUCUUCCCCAAUUUUAUCCCCAAAUCCCUAAAUUCCAAAUCACCCAUCACAAUCGAUAGAACCCUAGAAAUAGGUUUCUAUAAACUCACAGUGUAACGAUAUCUCCGUUGUGGAUUGUUUCGAGAUAUUUUUCUAGUAUUUUACUUGUAAAAAUGUCUAAGCUCUAUUCAAACCUGAUUAUUUGCGAACCCUCCCCCGCAUUUUAUACAUUUCAAAAAGCAUUGAUUCUUUAUAUGAUAAAGGCCACACGAGAUGUAACUUAUCAGAGGAAAUUGACACCGAAUAACCCAAUAUCAUGCCAGCUAAGCAAGGAAGAUCAUUAGCAUAUGACAUACUCGAUCUAGAACUAUUAUGCACAUAAUUAACCAGACAAACCAUGACAUCAAUGUUCAACAAAACUCGUACAGAUCUUACCGAAGUCGUCAAUUAAAGACAUUGAUUUAUUUGUUUAAUCCUCUAUGUUGUGUUGCUUUAGCUUAUUGCCUUGUUGUGGUAAGGAGUCGUUCGUCUCUUGGAAAAAAAGAGACAAAACAUAAAAGAGGGCUCAGACAAACCAUGACAUCAAUGUUUAGCAGAACUCGUACAGAUCUGAUCAAAAUUGUCAAUUAAAGACAUCAAUUCGGGUUGGAUCCGGUCCUUAAGCCUCAUUGUUUAAGGAGGUUCUUAAACCAUUUUUAUUGGGUGAUACUAGAUUAGGUAGUUAAUAGGGGUUAGUAGUUAAUAGUUAGUUGGAAUAAAUAAGAUAUUAUGUAAAUAUAAUUAAUAUUACUCAUUAAUGAUUCUCUUUCUCUCUCCCUCUUGAUCUUCUCCAUAACCUCUCUCUCCACUACAAUUAAAAAAAAUUCGAAAUUAAUUUAAUUAAAUAUUAUUAUUUAAUAUUUAAUAAAUUCGAACUUAAUAUUUUUUGUUUUUUAAAAUGAAAAUUGAAAAAUAAAAUAUAUGCUCUCUCACUUUGUGACAACUUGCAAUACAGUAUCAACAUUUUGCAAUGACAAUAUCAACAUUUAUGAAAUGAAUCGUUAUUAUUAUACCUCAUCAUUAUUAACGACUUCAAUAUAUUUAUCAAUUCCUUACAAUUACAUUAUUAACAAUUUUGGAUCAAUUGUUACUGUUUUAUAGUUUCGUCAUCAACGCCUAUGAAUGAAUCAUUAAAGUUAUGUAACAUGGUCAUUAACAGUUUGAAUAACAAUAUCAUUGAUUUACAACAUCUUUAGUACUAAUGAUUCACAUAUUCACAUCAUGUUUAUAACUAUCUAGUCAUGCCUCUUCCAAUGAUUUCUAAUGACAUUAUUAACGUUUUAUGAUAAAUUAAUAUUGCUUUACAUUAUCAUUCUCAUAAAGUACAAUACUGAUUUUCAACAUCUUGGGUACUUGUGACAUAGUGCACCUGUGUGAUUCAGUCAAAAAAACAUUGUCCAAAAAAAUAUUAGCUCAAACAAACCAACAUUCACACCUCAACACUAAACUUUUAAUAACAAUCCAAUAAAUCAUUGAUAACGAAAAGUAUUUCGUUGAACAUAAACACAAAACAUCAAUGUAAAAAUGUCAGACUUCAACAUUAUAAAUGACGUCAAAAUUU